CGGCUGGGGACGCGGAUCGGGCCCGCCGCGGGGCGAGGGCUGCGCCGCGAUGGCGGAGAUGGGCAGCAAGGGGGUGUCGGCGGGGAAGAUCGCCAGCAACGUGCAGAAGAAGCUCACCCGCGCGCAGGAGAAGGUCCUCCAGAAACUAGGAAAGGCGGAUGAGACAAAAGAUGAGCAGUUUGAACAGUGUGUCCAGAAUUUCAACAAGCAGCUGACAGAGGGCACACGGCUGCAGAAAGAUCUCCGGACCUACCUGGCCUCCGUCAAAGCCAUGCACGAGGCCUCCAAGAAACUGAAUGAGUGUCUGCAGGAGGUGUACGAGCCCGACUGGCCGGGCAGGGACGAAGCCAACAAGAUCGCAGAGAACAAUGACUUGCUCUGGCUGGAUUACCAUCAGAAGCUGGUGGACCAGGCACUGCUGACCAUGGACACGUACCUGGGCCAGUUCCCUGACAUCAAGUCGCGCAUCGCCAAGAGAGGACGGAAGCUGGUGGACUAUGACAGUGCACGGCACCAUUUCGAGUCCCUCCAAACUGCCAAAAAGAAGGAUGAAGCCAAAAUUGCCAAGCCCGUUUCGCUGCUUGAGAAAGCCGCCCCCCAGUGGUGCCAAGGCAAACUGCAGGCUCAUCUCGUAGCUCAAACUAACCUGCUCCGAAAUCAGGCCGAGGAAGAGCUCAUCAAGGCCCAGAAGGUCUUUGAGGAGAUGAAUGUGGAUCUGCAGGAGGAGCUGCCGUCCCUGUGGAACAGUCGUGUAGGUUUCUAUGUCAAUACCUUUCAGAGCAUCGCGGGUCUGGAGGAAAACUUCCACAAGGAGAUGAGUAAGCUCAACCAGAACCUCAACGACGUGCUGGUCAGCUUGGAGAAGCAGCACGGGAGCAACACCUUCACGGUCAAGGCCCAACCCAGUGACAACACCCCUGCAAAAGGAAACAGCCCUUCUCCUCCACCAGAUGGCUCCCCUGCUGCCACCCCUGAGAUCAGAGUCAACCACGAGCCCGAGCCCCCCACCACGCCCGGCGCGUCCCUCACCAAGUCCCCUUCUCAGCUCCGGAAAGGCCCACCAGUCCCUCCGCCUCCCAAACACACCCCGUCCAAGGAGGUCAAGCAGGAGCAGAUCCUCAGCCUGUUUGAUGACACGUUUGUCCCCGAGAUCAGCGUGACCACCCCCUCCCAGUUCGAGGCCCCGGGGCCUUUCUCGGAGCAGGCUAGUCUGCUGGACCUGGACCUUGACCCCCUCCCACCUGUGGCGAGCCCCGUGAAGGCACCCACGCCCGCUGGUCAGCCAAUUCCGUGGGACCUCUGGGAGUCCACAGAGAGUCCAGCUGGCAGCCUGCCUUCCAGGGAGCCCAGCGCUGCCGAGGGCACCUUUGCGGUGGCCUGGCCCAGCCAGACGGCCGAGCCAGGUCCUGCCCAACCAACAGAGGCCUCGGAAGUAGCGGGUGGGACCCAACCUGCGGCCAGAGCCCAGGAGCCCGGGGAGACGGCAGCCAGUGAAGCAGCUUCCAGCUCCCUUCCUGCUGUGGUGGUGGAGACCUUCUCAGCAACUGUGAACGGCACCGUGGAGGGUGGCAGCGGGGCUGGGCGCUUGGACCUGCCCCCGGGGUUCAUGUUCAAGGUGCAGGCCCAGCAUGACUACACAGCCACGGACACUGAUGAGCUGCAGCUCAAGGCAGGGGACGUGGUGCUGGUGAUCCCCUUCCAGAACCCAGAAGAGCAGGAUGAAGGCUGGCUCAUGGGUGUGAAGGAGAGCGACUGGAACCAGCACAAGGAGCUGGAGAAAUGCCGGGGCGUCUUCCCCGAGAACUUCACCGAGCGGGUCCAGUGAGGGCAGCUUUCUGUGCGUGUGAAGAACACCUUUUCCCGAAAAAUGUGUGUUUCUUUUCUUUUUUUUUUUCCGUUUUGUUUUUAAACUUUUGAAAAGUGAAGGGAAAUCGCGGGGAGAGACCGGAGUCGAGAGGUGUUCUCCCAAAGAUUGGGUGGUUUUCCAAAGAGCCUGGUGCCGGCAAGUCCAGCAGAAUCGCCAGCGUUCCUGAAGCUGCUGUGUCCCCUAGUUGAGUUCCUGGCCGCCCUGCCCUGCUCCCCCCAGGGCGACGCCGCAUGUGAGCCCGGCCGCAGGGGCCGGGGCGCUGAGCCACCACGCUUGCCUGAGCUUCGGCCCCGCCACCGCCACCCGGGCACGGUCCUCUUGUCCUGGCAGCUGCUGGGGGAGGGGCCCAGUGUCUCCAGAGACCUCAGGGCCCAGACGACAGCCAGGCCCGGCCCUGGCCCGCAGACUGUCCGUGUGCUGUUUGAAAAUAAAUCUUAGUGUUCAAAACAAAAUGAAACAAACAAAAAAAUUGAUGAAAACACU